UCUCUCGCGCACAACGGCGCUCUUUAAGUCCCGCGCGCAGCACAGAGAGCGCAUUCAUACAGCAGCACACGGACACGCGCAGCGGAGGGAGCGCGAGCGAGCGAGCGAGGGAGAGAGAGAGAGUAAGAGAGAGAGAGAGAGAGAGAGAGCGGGGGUAGGUGACUGAGUCACCCGAAUGGAAAGGUCUUUACGGGGAAACAGAGUCGCCCGCAUGGCCAGAUCAGCCCAGUGAAGGGUUUAGAGACACAAAACAACACAGAUUAAACACAAAGCCCUUGAUUUAGCCUCCAAACCAAGUGAGCGUUGUCCAGCUGAGGACAGAGGUCAGACAGAGAGGACGACAGUCCAGCAGCCCUGUGGAGUUCUGUCCCUAAACAGAGAGAAAGAGAGAGAGUGAGUGAGUGAAGAUGUCCGGAGAGGAGCAGAGUCUGUCUGAGGUGGAGAUGAGUCCAGGAGUCUCAGAUGAUGGUCAUUCCAUGUCCCCCGGCCACUCGUCCCACGCCACGGGUGGAGGCGACUCACCUCUGCCCGGUGGACAGGCGCAGCUGAGUGGCGAGGAUGCCUCCAGGGUGCCUGGCGGCCUCCCGAAAGCAGAAGAAGAGGACGACCGCUUCCCUAUUGGGAUUCGUGAGGCAGUCAGCCAGGUUCUGAACGGCUACGACUGGACGCUGGUGCCCAUGCCAGUCCGUGUCAACUCGGGCAGCAAGAGCAAGCCACACGUCAAGAGGCCGAUGAACGCCUUCAUGGUGUGGGCGCAGGCGGCACGCCGGAAACUGGCUGACCAGUACCCGCACCUGCACAACGCAGAGCUCAGCAAGACAUUGGGUAAACUGUGGAGGCUCCUGAACGAGAACGAUAAGAGGCCGUUUAUUGAGGAGGCGGAGCGUCUGAGGAAGCAGCAUAAGAAAGAUUACCCAGAGUAUAAGUACCAGCCCCGCAGACGCAAGAACGGCAAACCCGGGUCCAGCUCCGAGCAGGACGGCCACACGGACUCCGAGGUCAGCCACAGCCAAUCACAUUACAAGAGCCUCCACUUGGAGGUGGCCCAUGGAGGAGGGGCAGGGUCUCCUCUGGCAGAUGGACACCACCCUCAUGCUUCAGGUCCAAACCACAGCCCCCCAACUCCUCCCACCACUCCCAAAACAGAGCUUCAAGGCGGCAAAUCAGGUGAGGGGAAGAGAGAGGGCGGGGCCAGCAGCCGGAGUGCUCUGGGAGUGGGGUCAGAUGGAAGUUCCGCCUCUUCCUCUGCUUCCGGAGGCGGCAAACCACACAUCGACUUCGGAAACGUAGACAUUGGCGAGAUUAGCCAUGAGGUGAUGGCCAACAUGGAGCCCUUCGAUGUUAAUGAGUUUGACCAGUAUCUGCCACCCAAUGGCCACCACCAGCAGGGCUCGGGGGCAUCUGCCAGCUCAAGCACCACCCCCUACUCCUACGGGAUCUCCUCAGCAUUGGCAGCAGCCAGCGGUCACUCGGCUACCUGGCUGUCCAAACAGCAGCAGCACUUGGGCUCGGAUAGUGGUGGGAAGACGCAGAUCAAGAGUGAGACCCAUUUUUCCAGUGAAGCCACGCCCACAGGGUCUCAUGUGACCUACACACCGCUGAGCCUGCCACACUACAGCUCUGCAUUCCCUUCGCUGGCCACCAGAGCGGCGCCAUUCGCUGAUUACGCCGAUCAUCAAGCUUCCAGCUCCUACUAUGCCCACUCCAGCCAGGCCUCUGGCCUUUACUCCGCCUUUUCUUACAUGGGCCCCGCCCAGCGACCUCUUUACACUGCCAUCACUGACCCCGCCUCCGGCCCCCAGUCACACAGCCCCACCCACUGGGAGCAGCCGGUGUACACCACCCUCUCUCGACCAUGACAGACACGCCCCCAUACACAUGAACACAAUCCGCCAGAGACGGACACUAACACAGGGGCGUAAGCUUGAUGAUUAUGGUGAUAAUGGUGAUGAUGAUGAAGAUGAUGGAAAUUCUUGACUGAAUGGGAGCUGAAAGGCUUCAAUGUGGGAGCAACUCUUAUACACCACAAUCACACACACCCUGUCACAGACUAUUGCAUGGGGUAGAUAUGGUAAUGGUGAUGAUGGUGAUGAUGAUGGUGAUGAUGAAUGAAGAGGAGGAACUGGACUUGAUUUAUGCAUUAAAACAAGAGCAAGGGCGGCAUGGAGAACUGGUCACUUAUAGGGGUAACAGUGUAACUCAUACCACACACUAUUACACACUAGGUAGCAGAGUGGGGUCAGUGUUUUAGAUUAAUACACUUUUAAAUGUGAUAAAAAUUUAAAACAUCUUAAAUCAAAACUAUCAAGUUUCUUGAAUCAAUUCUGUUUGGUGUCUGAUGUUUGACUCUUUGUUUUUAAGCUACCAACAGAAAUCUCAAGUUUUUCAAGCUCUUAGCAAUCCAUUAAGAGUCAUCUAAGAAUACCACAAAACCUUAAAGACCACCUAAAAUACUACCAUAACUGAAUUUAAACCACAGUUACCACUUAUGAACGUCCUUGCAGCCCCCUGCUAUACCUUAGCAACCACAUAUCAACAACCAGAAAACUAUAAAACUCGAUGUCACAAAUGCCUAGCACCACCAGCACAGGAGGCAUGUGAACAUCCUAGCAGCCACUUCCAAUACCAUAGCAACCACAUGAACAGUUUAUCAACAAUCAGAACACCAUAAAAAUAAGCUUAACACUCUUGCAAUCACCGAAGAUAUAAUCUCAAUGGCUUAGCAACCAUUGAGAAACUGUCUGAUGUGCCACAGCAGUCAAGAACUAAAACCCUACCCUAUCUGCAAUACCAUUUAACCACCCCAAACAUACAAACUGCUUAAACACACACUACUGCUUAAACAAACAACCCACUACCUCCACCAUUCUGUACCUUACAAACCCAGUUAAAUUAAAAAACAGCCUACAGCUGCAUUCUCAAGCAUUCAGUGUAAUCAAAACUCUACUCAUGAUAAAUGCCCAUAAUGAAUUGAAAGGCCUCAUUCAGCUACACAUUUCCUACAAACCCCUCCCAUCAGGCCCGCCCACAUUCGCCUCAUUAUUGCUCCACCUAGCUAAAGUAAAUAGGGAGGCCUGUGACUACAGUCUGACUGAAGUUAAACUCCACUUGAGCUGUGACGCUAAUGCAGCUAACAAGAUAUGGAAGACUGCAUUCUAUUCACCAAUUAGCUUCAUUCUAACUGCAAUAAUCUCUAAUAGAUUGGAUUAUAAGAUUUCUGACAUGUUUUCUUCCAAUAUGCAGAGUAUUAGUAAAUUUAGCUCUUAGCAAGAGAGUUAAAGAUAGCUAAAGGUUAAAUUUCAGACAUCAAACAUAAAAGGUGGCAAAGCCAAAUCCGGAGAGUAUAAAUUUGCCCCAGGAUUUUGUUCCGACUGCCUGAAUAAAACAUCUCUGCCAAACAUGACUAGGUUUGGGGGAAAGAGUAAAAAAUUAUAGUUACUGCUGAAAUAUUUAUGUACAGAGUAAAUAUUCACUUUCCAGCCAACUCAAACACACUCAAGCACACACACACACACACUUAUAGGCCAUAAAUACUGAACACAGCUCAUCUUAUAACCGCUGCAAUUUUAGCUUGUGUUCCUCACCAAAGUUUUGAGACCAAAACUUUUCAGACAGGGAAGCCCAGCAGCAGCACUGUUAGCCUACUUGUGUUAGACACGCCCCUCUUCAUAAUGCCAAGCCCCUUCUUGCCCCCAAAUCCAUCCUCCCUCCCCUCAGCCCGAUGGUCCAUUUGUUCCGCUGCAGUUUGGCCGGAUUUGGAGCGGCGGUAUUUUCUCCAGCACUGACCGGACGGAGCACUGGCUCCACCCACCCGGACUGACCAUCUCACCUGUACAGUUACGCCAUCAUCCCAGCUAACAAUUUUUUGUUAGUAGAACUUUUUCUAAAUCUCUCAAAGGUUAUUAGAACGUUCAAUCUGUCAAGUUUUCUUGGAGUUCUUAGAACAACAUUUUUGUUUAACAUUUGUAAAUGUUCUGCUAACGUCGCUACAACAGCACUUCAGUAUCAGUGUUACUUUUAGCUGGAAAAGUUUACAGGAUGUUUCUGAAAUGCUUUUUUUGCAUUUGCACUAACAGCUAUCUACAAGUCAUGUACCAUCAAAUACAGUUUAUUCCAUUGUGAGGGCUACUAUAGAGCAUCACAUCACAUUUAAUCCACUGCCAUGGCACUCCUUCUGCAGAGGAGCACCUAACUGGGCACUUCAUCAUCUUCUCUCACCUGUAGUACCAUAGGCAUCCCAUUUCCUCUCCUGGAAAGGACACCUUUGGGACACUGUCUAGUAGGGGUGGCACAAAACUUGCUUCACAGUGGCACCAAUAGAUGGGCACUCAUUAAAACACAUUAUAAAAUAUUUUAAUCUAGAAGGAUAUCGUUAUGAUUUAUUGAUCUUUCAACCAUUGGGACACCAGAGGGGGGGGCCCCCCCUGCCCUCCUGCACCCCCCUUGAGUCAGUCAAAGUAAAAAAUAAAAACACUGAUACAAGUGACAUUGCAGCCAAGUUACCAGAACAUUUAAAAACUUUACCAAAAAGUACAACAUUCAGAAAACUUGACAGAUUGAACAUUCUAACAACCAAGUUGUAACAUUUAGAAAAAAAAAAUACUAACCAAAAUUUGUUAGCUGGGAUUUCUUUUAUAUGAAUUAAUAAUUCUUUCCUAUUAACCAAAACGAGGCCAUUUUGUUUAUAUAAAUAUAUAAACAUUUCUUUGUUAUAAUCUUUACCAUUGUUGUUGUUGAUGAUUAUGAUGUUUUUUGUUUGUUGUUGUUGUUGUUGUUGUUUUGCCAUAGCUACACUGAAGCACCACCACCACUGUCCUGCCUUUUGGUAACUGACGUUCAGAGAUGUGUGUAUAUUAGUGUGGGAGAUAGAUGUGUAGAUAUUACAGUGGUCCAGUAACACAGCUGAUGACUUUAUUUGUCUUUCUGUAUUUUUAUUACCGUAAACACAGACAGAGCGAGGAUACUGGAUGCCAAACGAUUGUGAUUAUGAUUAUGAUUAUUGAUUACAAUGUAUUUGCCUUACUGUCCACCACAUGUGCCUAAAAUGAAUUCAGAUAGAUAUACCAAUAUACUGUGUACUAAAGCAGGUCAAUAAUGUGAACAUUACAUUCACAAGUGCCACAAAUAUGAGACGUAUCAGAGAAUGCAAUAAUUAAAAACAAAUAAUAACUAUGAUGAUAAUGACGUGUAAUGUAAUUAGAUAUGUAGAUAUAUACUGAUCGGCCAUAACAUUAGCACCACUGACAGGUGCUGUGAUUAACACUUGUUGUGAUCUGGUUUCAGUGGCUCCUGUUAUGGAUUGGAUAUAUAUUAGGGAGUGAGUGAACAGUCAGCUCGUCUAGGCUCCACCCCCUUACAACUUACUACUGUAACGUUAGUCUUGGUACAGGUAUCACAGCACACCUCAAGCUCGAUAUUAGGCAGGUGGUGUUAAUGUUUUGGCUGGUUGGUGUACAGUCAUAUAUGGUCGUGUACAUACAUGGAGCCCACACAAUCUGAAAACCGCUGUUUGGCGCGAGGUUUAUUUGACAGGCUGUUUAUUUAACUGAUGUUUUAACUCUCUUUUUACUUAUUUUUUCCUCUGAUUUUGACCUUUUUCUGUCUUUAUUUAGUCGUAUUAUAAUAAAAAAUACAGAAACUCAAUUUUAGGGCCUGCAUCCUACAGUGGGCGGAGCUUGUUAUAUAUUACAGAUCUAUUUAUAUUUGCUGGUAUUUUGUUUUUUUUUUUCUCUAUUAAUUGUUUUGUUCCUCUUCUCUCUGACGUGAUGUGUGUUUUGUUGUGUUGCGUACUCGCUGUAUGCUCUUUUGUAUUGUGCGCAGGUAAAGGUGUUCCAGUGUGAAUAACAGGGUGGAACAGCGUAGACACUAACGACCCUCCUUCACUAAAUAAAGCUCCAUUUUGUUGGCUUUUGUAUAAAUACGA